AUGAACAUCUUACCGCAAAAGAAAUGGCAUGUGCGAACGAGGGAGAACAUAGCCAGAGUGCGAAGAGACGAAGCGAAAGCAGCCGAAGAGGAACAGAAUCGACUCGACAGGGCGAUUAAAGCUGAGAAUGAGCGACGACUGGAAGCACUUCGAGCUCAAGCGGCGAAGAAAACUGUUGACUUGGAACCUUUCACCUUACGGGCUUCAGCAGAAGCGUCGAUUUCUACAGAGACUGGUCAUGUUAAUCUUUUCCAGGAUCUCGAAGCUGCUGAACGCAACAAUUUUGGCCAAGGAAAUAAAGAGUAUGAAGAGGAAAAGCGAAAGGAGCAACAGGAAUUCGAUUCUAAAUUGGGCAUCCAGAAGUGCUUUGCUGAAGGCACCAAUGAGCUGAACAAAGUGCAAGAGUGGUAUGCAAAGGUUUCAAGGCCAUGGGUAAGGGAUGAACAAAAGGCAAAACCGAGCACGACAGUUGCACCUCGUGUAGCAGAAGUAGAGAAGGAAGAAGAAGUAGCAAAGAAGGAAAGGAAACAUCACAAAAGGCGACGAAGUGAAAGCAGCACCAGCGAGGAUUCUAGUGGUAAGUUUAUGAUUCCGAUAGGAGAAAAACAAAGAAAGCCAAGAAGGAAAAGAAAAAGAAGAAAAAGAAAAAGCACAAACAUCAUCACUCUUCGGACGAUGAGGAGGAAGUGGAUAUAUGUGAACUGGAGAAUCGAGAAACGGAACAAGUUAGCAGCACUUAGAGAGGAAAGAAUCCGGCGAGAACGUGCCGAGCGGCAUCGUACUCAACAACUUCUCGAUCCGAAGAAAGCAACGGCGCCACCAAAACAAAAGUACAAUUCAAUGUUCAAUCCGGAACUGUGUAGAAAGUGA